GGAAAAUGAAAACGGCCAUGUCGUGGUAGAAACCAGACGUGGAGGAACCGAGUCUGAUUCACGGAGUUGCUUACUCUUUCAUGUGACGCGGCUUUGAAACAACAGCUCUGAAAACAACACGCUCGACCUCUCGUUUGACAGCAAAUAUAUUCCUUGGAAGUAAGUGGUUCAGUAGAAGCAGAGGGCAAACAUGAGCGGAGGAGGGACGCCGUACAUUGGGAGCAAAAUUAGCCUCGUCUCAAAGGCCGAGAUCCGCUAUGAAGGAAUUCUGUACACCAUUGACACAGAAAACUCGACAGUAGCUCUUGCUAAAGUUCGCUCUUUUGGCACUGAAGACCGUCCCACUGACAGACCUAUUCCACCUCGGGAGGAAGUGUUUGAGUACAUCAUCUUCCGAGGCAGCGAUAUUAAAGACCUAACCGUCUGUGAGCCACCCAAAGCUACCAGCAGCCUGCCUCAAGACCCUGCCAUAGUUCAAUCAUCAAUUGGAUCCAAAAAUGCUUCAGCCCCCCCAUCAUUCCAGCCUCCUGGACCCUAUGCUCCGUUCAGCAGGCCCCCUGUCCCGUCAUACAACCAGUUUGGAGCGACACCUCUUGGAGCUCAGGAGUUUGGAUCUGCUGGAGCAGGAGGUCGCUCUAGUCCCAAGCUGGACUCUUUAACCAAAGGUCCCACCGUGGAGCAGGCAGUGCAGGCUUCACAGUCGGCUGCCUCAGCUCCACCUGCACCCAUAGGACAGAGGGCUCAGACAAGCGCUGCAACUCCCAGGACCACCAGCACGGCCACUGUUAGCCAGAGGCCCCCGGACCUCCUGGAGCAGAGAAAAGCUCCUGAGGUCCAGAAAGUGCCACAGCCAGACAAUGAACAUGCUCUUGAAAACCGGGAUCCCAACAAGCGCCAGUUUUAUGGUGUCCAGUCUACCCGCCGUGGUCGGGGAAGAGGAAACCGCAGCAGAGGCAAAGUGAAUGUGCGCAGGGAUGGCACCAUGAAAUUCGACGAAGACUUUGACUUUGAAACUGCCAACGCUCAGUUUCACAAAGACGAGAUUGACAAGGAGCUCCAGAACAAGCUCAAACUGAGAGAUGACAAAACUGAAAAGGCACUGAACGGGGAGGAGAGUGCAGACUCGGAGCAUCCCGCCCCUGAGGGGACCACUGAGGAGGAGGAGGCUGUGAUAAACUCCUGCUACUAUGACAAGUCCAAGUCCUUCUUUGAUAACCUGUCCUGUGAUGAUUUAAGUAAAACGGGUGAAAGAGGAUUUUCAAGGGAUCGAAGGCCAACCUGGGCUGAGGAGAGACGAAUGAACGCCGAGACCUUUGGCAUCCCCCUGAGGCACAACAGAGGAAGAGGAGGUUUCCGCGGCCGAGGCUUCAUGGGACCCCGCGGAGGCCGGGGCCGGUCAUCGAGCAGAGGCUCCUUCGGGCCCCCCCGGAACCCACCCCCCGGCUUCAGAGGCGGAUUCAGAGGCGGCAGAGGAGGACGGGAUUUCUCUGAUUUCGAAUACAGGAAGGAUAACAAGGUGGCUGCAUAGUAACGCAGCAACAGGUCCACAAAGAAUUGUAGCUACUUGUCAAGAAAUUUUCUUUGGUCUCAACAUUUGACAGAAGAAUGAAGACAUCCUGUCAGUCACCAGCACCACGGACUUCUUCAGAGGGAACAUCACUCUCCACUUGAGAAUGACUUCUGUUUUGUUUGUUGUUGUUGUUUUGUUUUGUUUUAUUGCCCCAGAUGUUUUGUUUGAACCAGUCACCAGAUGGACUUGAACACAUGUAAAUACCUUGUUUUUGGAGAAAUUCAGUACUUUUGCAUCAAGUUAAUUUCUUACUGAAAUUGUCUUUGAUAUAGGAAGCUGUGUGCAGGAAGCCCUCUUAUACUGUGAGUGGAUCACGCUUAAUGUGAUCGCUAGCUUUAUCUUUUUGCCCCCGUUUUUGAUAUAUGUUGCCACCAAAAUUCACAGAACGGACUGUUGCACCAUAAUUCUCUUCAGGCUUUGGUUGGUUACCAGUGUUCAGUGUUUUUUUUGUUUUUUCUCCCCCAUCCAUUAUAAGUUUUCAUUCAUUCUCCUUAAAGUCGUAAAAUUGAAUCCAGAAACAACCGUUCUAAAUAAUGAAUGUAUUAUCUCGCUCAUCUUUUUGUUACUGCCCCUCCGACUGUUGUUGCCCACCAAACAAACUCGCCUCUAGUUUUUAGAGAUGUACUUAGGAGAUGUAGUGAAUUCCUUUGGGUCGUUGUGUUCCUGCUCUAGGUUUGCCGUAGCCGGACUCUGGUGGCCUGUUGAUGAGGGCAGGCCACCAGUGAGAGCCGGUCAUUGGACUGAUUUUUGUUUUACAGCAUUAGCCUUAGAAGAAUUUGUUGACUGGACAUGUUUACAUAGUUGAAUACUAAACUAAAGCAUUCUUGUGGUUGUGCGCGUGAGAACGGCGUCCGCUAUUGGUAUCAUUAAGAAAGGAAACCCAUAACAUGUUAGAUGUCGAUGCUCUGCUAUUUUGCCAAAAAAGAAUAGGUGAGCGUUUGGUUGGGCUGAAUUAUGUGUUGGAUCAUUUCAGUGCAUUUCUGUGUCCCGAACAAACUGAGCCGUCUGUUAAAGCUCUUUCUUUUGUCUGACAGUAGCAUCAUCUACUGUGUUGUGGUUUUUUUGUUGUUGUUUUUUUUUUUUUUGCUCAAGCUUCUCGGUUUCUAGUUUUGCAGGGAUUGGUUACUGGAUAUGGCGAAUCGUGUAAAUGGAUUAGAUGAUGUCUUGAAGCAUAAGUUCAUGCCAGCGUUUCUGAUAAAUAUCAGCCCUCUGGCUCAUUUGCCACUCUCCUUGUUGCUUUGUUGUUAAUGUAAUUGUUCUCUGGAGUAAAAUUUCUUCUUUUUUUUUUUUUUUAACUGAUUUGCGGACAAAGGGACAAGAACUGGAUGUGGUGCCAGUGUGUGGGGGAGGUGGGGUAUAUUUUUUUCUUUCUGGCUCAGAGUUAUUAGUGCUUUAGGGAGUGCCUUCAGAGUGGAUCAUUUUUACAGCUCUCCCUUUAACUUGAAGGUUGACUUUUGACAGGAGAAUUGAUAGCACUACAAGGUGAAAACUAGAUGCUUUUUUUUUUUUUUUUUUUGUAGCUGUGGUUGUUUAGAACAAGAGCAGCCCAGUUCAUAACUCGCUGUCUAACCAGACGACGCGCAGGCAGCUGAUCACUGCAGGGUAGCUGUAGGAACCAUCACUUUCUAUGGGCUUUUGCAGUACCAGUCAAAUUGAAUAUGGGACUAAAUGUAUUAUUGAAUUACUCAAAACUGACAAGUUUUCAUAUGUUUGCUACUCCUUCCAAUCACUGGAAAUGUAAACCAGGAAAUUUUUUCUUGAAUAUUGGCAAAGUUGAGUUUUUACGUAAAAAAUAAAGAGUUGUUCAAUUUA